AUGGAAGGCGAAAUCAACAAGUUGAUUCUAGUUUGGAGCAUCAUAGUUUCUUCCCUAUGCUACACCCACAAAGUAGCCCAAAUCUUCCCCACCGGAACCCCAAGAAUCAUCUCAAUCUCCCCAAUCAUAAUCCUCUUUCUCCUCCUCCCUCUCAACUUCACCUCCAUACACUUCGCCGGCAUCACCUCCUUCUUCAUCUCAUGGCUCUCAACCUUCAAACUCCUCCUCUUCACCUUCAACCAAGGCCCCCUCUCAUCCCACCCCCCAAUCCCCUUGUCCCUCUUCAUCCCCUUAGCUUGCUUCCCCAUCAAACUCCAACAACCAUCCCAUACCAAUAAACCUCACAAAUCACCCCUCAACCAUGUAAUCAGAAUAACAAUACUAGCCCUUCUCAUACGCGUCUACGCCUACAAAGCACACAUCCAUCCCCACAUCAUCUUGCUCUGCUAUUCCCUCCACAUGUAUCUCAUGCUAGAGAUCAUCCUCUCCCUCUUCUCCACCGUCGUUAAGGCCUUGCUUCGAGUGGACCUCGAGCCUCAGUUCAACGAGCCUUACCUUGCUACCUCGCUUCAAGACUUCUGGGGGAGGAGGUGGAAUCUUAUGGUGUCCAACAUUUUACACCCCACGGUUUACCGCCCCAUGAGGUCCGUCUCGGCCCGGAUUGGGCCCAGGAAAUGGGCCUCAAUCCCGGCAGUUUUGGCUACUUUUAUGGUGUCGGGGGUCAUGCAUGAGCUCAUCGUCUACAACAUUGGGAGAUUGAGGCCUAGUGGAGAGAUGAUUGGCUUCUUUGUACUGCAUGGGGCAUCUUUAUCUCUCGAGAUAGUCGUUAAGAAAGUGUGUGAGGGGAGAUUCAGGCUACCUAGGAUCGUUUCGGGGGUGUUGACGUUGGGAUAUGUGAUUUACACCAGUUUUUGGCUGUUUUUUCCGCCGUUUUUGAGGGCGAAAUCGGAUCUUAAGAGCUGCAGGGAGUCUCUAGCAUUCGUAGAGUCUGUUAAAAAUCAUCGGCUAGUUGGACCCACUGAGGUUUCUUGUCCAUUUCUGUGAAC